GGCGGCCGUGUUGCACCACGUGGCGACAUAACGGUUCGCCGAUGUUUGCCGGUUCUUACCGUUUUAACGACUCAUCAUGGCACGAGGAACUUUUUACACGGAGGCUUCAGAUACAAGCGACUCAAAUUGUGAGAAAAGUCGAAAAUGUGCUCGUCCUGACUCAGUACACACCGAUUGCAACAAGUCAAAAGUGUUAAAUCCUGUUGCCUUGGACUGUGAAAUGGUUGGCGUGGGUGACGAGAAGACGAGUGCUUUGGCUCGGUGUAGCGUUGUUAACUACGAAGGUGACGUUCUUUACGACGUUUAUGUCAAACCUGAUAAACCUAUAACGGACUAUAGAACACAGUGGAGUGGAAUACGACCCAAACAUAUGAACAAUGCAAUCUCCUUCCGAUUGGCAAGAAAGAAAGUCAAAAGAUUGAUCAAGAAACGUAAACUCGUGGGACAUGCGUUACAAUUCGAUUUGAAAGUUCUAAAACUUAAACAUCCUUCGGAUCUUGUCAGAGACACUUCGAAGCACAUACCUUUGCGAGCCUUAGCUGGUUUUCCGCGGAAUUCUACGCCAUCUUUAAAACGACUCACGAGACAAUUGUUAAAGUGGGACAUUCAGGUGAACGAACAUAGUUCGGUGGAAGAUGCUAGUGCUGCCAUGCUGUUGUACAGGAAGUGUGAGGUUCAGUGGGAAAAGGACGUUAAAGGCAAAAGUGGCCAGUCUUAUUUGGAAGAUGCCUACUGGCCAAACUGGACAGAAACAACAGCAAAUUCCUAAAUUUCAAGGGAUUUUAAAUUAAAUACCAAAGGUCUUGUUACAUGCCUGAAUCUUCAGUAGUUGUGCAUUAAUCAAUUUUAAGCUGGAGGCAGGGGAUCCUAGGCAUAUACAGGGCGUUUGAAUCAACUCAAUUUUAAUGGCAAUCCCCUUCUACAGUUAUGAAAAAUGAGUGAAAUAGAAUGAAUUGUUUGUACCCUGAGCAAACAAUGGCUGUCUUCUACUGUUGGUAUUCUUAGUUGAGUGCAUGCAAGGAUGUGGUAAGGUCCCAUUCCUCUUUGCAAAGAAUUCAAACAUCCCUACCCCAAGGCCCAGAUUUUGUUCAGAAAUGCAUGCAGAAAAGAAAUGGCAAAAUUUCAUGAAAUCUGCCAAGCUAAAGUCGCCUUGAUAAACUUGACUAAAAUUCAUUAAAAUUGUCAAUUCUGCCAAGCUGAUUUGCUGCAACAAAUUUGACUAAUAUUUACCAAAAUUGUCAAAUCUAUGAUCAUCCACUUGAUUUGACAAUUUUGAUGAAAUUUUGCCAUAUCGUAAUUGCCUGCAUCCCUUGACAUAUUAGGUGAUUUUUUUUUUAGUGAACUUCUCAAGGGUAGGGAGGAAAGUAGACCCAACUACAUACUUAGUGUUACAAUCUGAAGUUAAAGUGUGAAAAUGUUUCCACAUAGUACAUUGAUUAAAGUUGAGAUUGGAACCCUG